AUGGGUUGGAUGACUGUCUUCGCCGUUGUAAUCGCCUGUCUCGUAGUUGGUGGCUUCAGCCAUCCAAAACAGCCAACAUUCCCCUCAUGUCAAUCACGUGUGUGCCAUUCUGGUGCAAAUACUGGCUACGGUUGUCGCGGUGGCGUCUGCGACUACACGUGUUCCGAGUCAUCGUGCCACGGUUUCGGCAACGCAGUCUUUCCACACAAGGGAAUGCAGGAGACGUGGGGUAGUGGAGCACUGGGUAAGCAUGGCUGCUAUGGUGGAAACUGCGGCUACUGGAGUGGAUGCAAUGAUGGCAAGUGCAGUGACUUCUACGACUUCCAGCAGUGUCAACAUGUCAAAUGCGUCAAUGGAUCGUUCCAUGGCUAUGGCUGCAGCACUGGUGGCAACUGCCGAGUUGUCUGCUUCAUUGAUGUUUGCCAUUCCGUUGACAAUUAUGAUGUAUUCUAUGUAAACAAGACGAGUAAGUCCUCGCAGUCGACAAAAGGGGGAAGCGGUGCUUCACCCAACAAAAGUGGUGAAUAUGGCUCUGGCUGGAAAGGAGUUCGGGAGGUACGGAGGCGUGGACCUGCAAAGAUCAUGAGGGAUAUGCACGGCUAUGGUGUUCCUGCGUAUGGCACGAUGGAUGGUGGGUAUGGUUAUGGCUAUGGUUAUGACUAUGGCCAUGGCUAUGGCUAUGAUCCCAGGGUGGGCUAUGGUGUGCCAAGCUAUGGUCAGGCAAUGUAUCCACAGCCUCAAAUGCCAUACCCUUCCACUUACGUGUCCACCAUGGAUCCACAUGUACUCCAAUCCAUGCUCCUCCACAUGCCUAACUUGAAUCAACUUCUCAUGCAUGUAGAUGCAAUGCUUCUUCAAUCAGCUUUGAUGCGAGUACCAGGUUACGGUGCUUACGCCUCCAGUAUGGACGCAUAUACAUUGCAAUCAGUGGUAGCAGGACUUCCAUACGUGAGAGAUAUCGUGGCGAGUAUGGAUGUAAGACUGCUCCAACAGAUGGUCGCAUAUGUACCCAACAUUGAUGCCAUACUGUCCAGUGUCAAUCUAGACAUCAGUCAAACUACAACGCCCAAUGAGCCCAGCAAGGCACCUGUAGCGAAGAAGUCUGAUGCUAAGACGUCUCAACGUGCCACUGACAUGCCUGAUGCGGCAAACAUGACAGAUGCUGAGGUCACGCAACUCAUUAUAUCGACUGUACCCAGUAUUCCUCCUCAGUACGCCAAUGUCCUCUUCAACAAGGAACCGCGCUUCGUUCAGUACAUAAUCGAGAACCAUCAGAAUCUCCCAGGUCUUCUGGCCAACAUGAAUGCCCAAACACUUCAGUACGUGGCAGCGCAAGUUCCUACGUUUGGCAAAAUCAUCUCCAACUUGAGUCGCAACACAUUGGAAGUGGUUUUCGACAAACUGCCCAACACUGCCAAAUGCUUGGCAGACAUGGAACCCGAGUCACUUUGGCCUUGUGGUGCAUCUUCAGUACCCAAGUUACCAAAUUGUCUAUCAACACUCCAUCACUCUUCUAGCCACUUCUCUGACAUUGCAUGGACCAUCUUGCCCGCGGUGUUGCAAUGUCACAUCCCACGGAGGAUACCGCGAGUGGUUCUUCUCCUCCGUGUCACUCAGAUCCGACUGUACCAUCUAGGGACCAAGCAACUGGGAGUUGGUGGAAGUUUAUUACUGUGUGUCACUAUCGUCAUGUCCGGUGAAUAUAAAUUUAAAAGAAAGUCCUUGUCAAAUAUGGAUUCAUUCUGGGCUUACAUGGGUGCUUUGUGGAAGAGUACUGCGGAUAACUUUAGUAUUUGGAUUAAUAGUUGA